AAAAUUUAAAAAAAAAUCUCGCGUUGGUUCACGAGAUUACUAUGGGCGACCAUAACAUUGAAAAUGGCGGACGAUCAAUUGAAUACAGGAUCAGUGGCAGGUGAUUUAGAGUCAGGAACACCUGUGCCACAAGAAGUACCAGAGAAUGUACAGAAAAUUAUAACAAGCGAGAAAGAGCUUCAGGAGAAUCCUUCUAAGCGACCUCGAGUUGACCUGCAGUCUCUUCCAACUCGAGCCUACCUUGAUACUACUGUGGUCCCCAUACUUCUCAGUGGAAUGUCCGUCCUAGCAAAAGAAAGACCACCAAACCCUAUAGAAUAUCUUGCAGCUUAUUUAUUGAAGAAUAAAAACCAAUUUGAAUGAGAGGAAGUUCUCAGCAGGGUGUACAUUAUUCUCCUGUAAAAUCAUCUGUUAUUAUGUCUGAUGUACAAUUUUAUGUCAUUGUAAAUAAACCUGUUUACACAUCCUA